AUGAAGACCUUCACCCGCGAAGCCGUCCGCGACCAGGGCUCCUCGGUGGACAACCCGUGGUGCAUCAUCGACACGGUCGUCUAUGACCUCUCCGAACUGCUCGACACCCACCCGGGCGGCGAAGCUGUCCUGCGCCAGGUCGCCGGCCAGGAUGCCACGUCCACCUUUUACAGCCUACACCGCCAGGAGGUCCUCGCGUCGUACUCCGAACUCGUCAUUGGCUCCAUCGAGGGGGAGAAGCCCCAGAUCAUCACACCACAGCCCGGCGACCUGAGCCCCGUGCCGUACGCGGAACCGCUGUGGCUGCGAGGCGAGCCCUUCCGGUCGCCGUACUACAACGACAGCCACAGGCGACUGCAAAAGGCCGCACGGGUGUUCACGGAUCGCUACCUGGUGCCCGAGGCCAAGGAAUGCGAAGCCACGGGGAAACUGCUCAGCCAGGAACUCAUCGACCGCAUGGAGAAGGUCGGGCUGCUCCGCAUGCGCCUGGGGCCAGGAAAACACUUGCAUGGGCGCAACCUCUUUGACGGCGCUGUCGAGGGCGAGGAGUUCAACUACUUCCAUGUGGUCAUCCUCGCGCAGGAGAUGGCGCGGCCCAUGGCCAGAGGCUUCCAAGACGCCAACAUGGCCGGCAUGACUAUUGGUCUUACGAUACUGCUGAACUUUGGGCCAGAAAACGAGUGGAAGACGAGAAUAUGCGAUGAAGUGUUCAGUGGGCAGACGAAGCUAUGCCUCGCCAUCACAGAGGCAUUCGCUGGCUCGGACGUGACGAGCAUACGGACGACCGCGGAGAAAACGCCCGAUGGGAAACACUACAUUGUCAAUGGCACCAAGAAGUGGAUUACCAACGGCACGUGGAGCGACUACUUUGUCACGGCCGUGCGCACGGGCGAGGGCAUCAGUGUCAUCCUCAUCGAGCGCGGCGAGGGCGUCGACACAAAGUCCAUCAAGACGUCCUACUCGUCCACCGCCGGCACCGCACUCAUCACCUUUGACAACGUCAAGGUGCCCGUGGAGAACCUGCUCGGUAAGGAGAACGACGGCAUCCGCAUGAUCUUCAGCAACUUCAACCACGAGCGGUGGGCCAUGUGCUGCAGCGUGCUGAGCCAGUGCCGGGUCGUGGUCGAGGAGUGCCUCAAGUGGGCGAACCAGCGCAUCGUCUUCGGCAAGCGGCUCCUAGAGCAGCCCGUCAUCCGGCAAAAGCUGGCCAAGAUGAUUGCUCUCGUGGAGUCCAACCAGUCCUGGCUCGAGUCCAUUACUCACCAGAUGUGCAAUAUGCCGUACGCGGACCAGGUUCGGCAUCUCGCUGGCUCCAUCGGCCUGCUCAAGAUGAGCUGCACGCGCGCGGCGCAUGAAAUCGCCGACGAGUCAGUCCAGAUCUGGGGCGGUCGUGGUCUCACGCAGACGGGCAUGGGCCGUCAUAUCGAAAUGUUCAACAGGACGUACAAGUUCGACGCCAUCCUGGGCGGGGCGGAGGAGGUCGUGGCGGAUCUUGGCGUGCGGCAAGCGAUAAAGAAUUUCCCAAAGGCGAUGCUAUAG